CGAAUGCCCAUCUUCACCUCUCUUGAUUUCAGUGUAGAAAGAAACGACGCCCCGAUUAAGCUCUCUGUUCAUCAACUCUCAUGGCUGCUGCUGUUGGAUCGAAAAAGGUUACCUAUGCGCUGAUUUGGGCUUCUAUAUGGAUACUCUGUUCUUCUUCUUCAUCUUCUUCUCAAGCUGCUGCUGCUGUUGUAACCCACGACGACGACAACCCUUAUGCGACACUAAGUAGUAUUAAUGAUACGUCAUCGAUUGAGGCGGUGGAGAGGCCGCUGCCGCCGCCGAUGAAUGGAUCGGAGACACCAGUACCACUAGAUGAAGAUGAAGAUGAUGUUGAUGACGAGAAUCACUGGUGGGUGGACCUGUUUUUCAGUGCGGGCGAAGUAUUUUUCUUUGUUGCGUGGGGAUCUGUUGUCGUUUGCACAAUAGUUUGCAUCCUGAAAAUAGUCCAUAAGGAAUGUGGAAAGGGCGUUCCAGUGACUGUGUAGUCCACAGGGACCCGACCCUGAGAAACAUCGUUGAUUAAAAGCUGCGUCGUCUCUGUUUUGAUUAACGAAUAAAUAAUGUAUCGUUUCAAACUCUUGUUAUUGUUAAUUGAGAUGUGAAAGUGAGCUUCAUAACAAC